UACUUCCGGAGAAGCAGAACUUGAUGCGCAGUAGGCCAAGUGUUUAUUUUCCUGAACUUUUCUGCAGAAGAUUGCCAAUUAUACCACUCUAGUGAUACCCCUGUAUUUUAGUUUACAAAUUUAUACUGCUAUAUUGUGUGUUCAAGAUGUCUGACAUACAAAAGCUGCCGUUAGAGGAUGCUCUAGCUGAUAGUCCGCAGACACGGAAGCUGGCAGAAGUUUUCCAGAAAGAUGCAACCAUGUUGAAGGGGUAUACUGGAGGACUACAAAAAAUAGGUCAACGUCUUCUUGCUGCACAGAAUGAGAUGACAGCAGCCACACAACAGCUUUCAAACCAUCUCAAGUCUUACGAACUGCAGAGGUUUCCACUAGAAGAAAGUGAUGACAGUAUAGUUGGCUCAACUCUGUCUCAGUUCACAUCAUACCUUGAUGAGUUGAGCUCAAUGCAUCAAGUUAUGGCGACCCAAUUUGCAGAUGGAAUGAUGUUUCCACUAAACAAGUUUCUACAAGCUGACCUUGAAGAGAUCGCCAACAUGAGUGGCAUGUUUCAAAUAGCUUCUCAAGAGAUGGAAAGUUCCUAUCACAAGUAUAUGAAGUUGCCAAAAAAGCGUGACAGUGAACGUAUUCGACAUGAAGCCAACAAUGAGUUAUGUGCAAUGAGGAAGAAGUUUCAUCAGACAGCCUUACACUACUACUCCUCCCUUAAUAACCUGCAAUACAAGAGGAAAUAUGCAUUUAUAGAGCCGCUACUUGGCUACAUGCACGCCCAGAAGGCUUUCCUGCAGAUGGGCUCAGAAUACUUCCUGAAGACACAAGACUUUGAUCAAUUCCUAGGAAAUAUACAAGCAAGUGUAAAUGGAGUCCAUUCUGAGUUAAGUUCAGAAACACAGAAGACAGUUGAGUUCAUCCAGAGUAUUGAGCAGCAGAGUCAACAUUUAUACCAUGGGGAACCUGUUGGUGACGCCCCCUAUAUCUCCAACAUCAAUAUCAGCCAAAAGUCUGGCUAUCUUAUGAUACGCAAACAAGCCAUGCUGGGUAAUAAAUGGGAAAGAAUGUAUUUUUUUACUCAGGGAGGGAACCUUAUGUGUCAGGCUGUUGAAGAGGUUGCAGGCAGCCUCAUUUUGGAUUUGAACGAAGAUGGCACUUACGCAGCAGAAGGAGACGGGGAUGACAGAAGAUAUGUGUUUGUUAUUCACUCCCCUAAAGUCAAAAAAACUGUCCAUCUUCAGGCAGAGAACCAAAGGGAGAGGAAUGAGUGGAUUGCAGCAAUCAACAACACAGUUAGAUCUGGAGGUUACGUAAAGGACAGAAGCUCUAGCAACUCAAGCAACAGAAGUCGUAGCAGCUCAGAUUCGCAGCCAGUAAAACCAGGAGAACUACUCGUGUCCCCCAGCUCAGCCCCACCCCAGGUUUCCCAGGUAGGGGAGAAUGAUGGCUACUUCUUUAACACUCCCAUACAGUUUGAUAUGAUAUCUCCAUCUGAUGAGAAUAGGGAACUUACUGGUUCCAAAGAGGGCCCAGUGAAAAGGAUUAACCCAUUUGACCAGUCAACGAUAGCAAUAGUGAAUGAUAAUGUAGUGGACAAUGCUGCCUUUUCCAAGUCCUUUGUAGUCCGCUUCCUCGGCUCAAUGGAAGUAAAAUAUGACAGGGGUGAUUCAUUAGUGAAUGAAACAAUUCGUCAGAUCAUGGCUGCUAGAGCUAUUCACAACAUGUUUAAAACUACAGAAUCCCUUCUUUUAGUCUCAAGUGAAUGUAUGAGAUUAUUAGACCCAUCAAAUAAAAGUGUUCGGGCAGAGUUUGGUCUUGCUGAUAUAUCAUUUUGGGCCGCUCACAGAGAAAGUAAAAAAUUGUUUGGUUUCAUAACAAAAUUAAAAGGAGGGAGCCAGAAUACGCCUUUCUCAUGUUUUGUCUUUGAAAGUGACUCUUUCGCAGAGGAGGUGUGCCAUGCAAUAAGUACCGCUACCCAGUUAGCCUUUCAAGCUCUUAUGAGUAAGUCAGAAGGAUCAGGGGGAGCUGAGGGGGCAACAAAUGCUCAACCUGAGCCCAAAGAAACUUCCCCAAAAGAGGGCUCUGAACACCAAGAUACCAAAUUAACUGAGCAGGAUGAUGAACAAGCGCCACCUUUACCUACAAAGGAACCUUUGCCCCCAUAGAAUGUCUACAGUAAUAGACUUAUAGACAGUAUCACCCAUUUGCCAAUUUAUUAACUUUAUAGUCUUCUGUUCUCCAAAUAUUUAUUUAUUACAAUCUCUGCGAGUGAUAUAUGAACUGCAUGAAAUAAAACAUUCUCUCUCUCUGGAGAAAGUUUCAUCACAUAAAAUGGAAUGUGACAAAAUCUCAAAGUAAUAGAGGAGGGAAAUGCUGAAUGGAUUUACUCAGAGUCUGCUGAAAACCUGGGACAGUUUCUUUUAAUUCUUCAAAUUAAAAAUGAUGCAUUGUACAAGUAUAACGGUGCCAUCUAUAUGUGCAUGCUUAAUGUGACAAUGUCCAUGCAUGUAGGGCUAAAUUCAAAUGCAUAUGACUAAAUUCAUGUGACUAUUUCAUAAAUGUAACUUUUCAUAGAUCUUGGGAAAUGCUUUAAAUAAUGUGGCAUUUGCACUGUUAAUUGGAUCAUGUUUACAUGUUUCUAUACAAUCAGGGAUAUUGUAUAUUGUUUGCCAUUUGUUAAUUUUUAAUCAGGUUUAAAGACAAAUGUGAGUAAAUGCCAAAAGUGCCUAUUGUCAAAAUAACAAAAAGUGAGCUUGUGAUCUGAGGUAUUAAGUACAUUAUAACUGAAGAGCAUGUCAAAGCAUAUAAAACUUCUUGCAAUACAUGUUUGAGGGAUGUCAGGCAGAGUAACUCAUGAAAAUGAAAACAGCUAUCACAUUAAACAAUUAUCGCAAUUUAAACAUUUCACUCUGCCGUAAAAGAACAUGAAAACUAUGUCUUUCCGCUACCCCCAACUGCCUUCGACCUUGCUACAGGCCUGGGUUCAAUAGAGUUUCAUCUAUUCAGGCCUUAACAAAAAUGCUACCAUCUUUAUAUUUUAUGAUUCAGUUUAUGUUAUUCUACCAUGCAUGAAUGAUAAUAAAUGUGCAAAGAAAUGCAUGGUUGAUAUAUUGCAUGCAUGGUUGAUAUAUUGCAUGUUCUGCAGUUUGCACAAAUUGCAUGCAUUAGUUCCUCAAUUUUAAUGAAAAUGUAGAAG